UGGUGGAGCUCUCCCCGGAUGGAAGCUCCUGCCGCGGAGUGAUGGUGGCGGCAGCGAACAUGGGCCGGGCAGGGACCAUGGCGGUGGCAGCAGAGGUGGCAGGGGCGGGGCAGCUGGUGGUAGAGGAGGCUGUGGUGUUCAGGGGUCUGUAGGUGGAGGCAUGGCUCGGGCCAGCAGCGGGAACGGCAGCGAGGAGGCCUGGGGGGCACUUCAGGCGCCGCAACAGCAGCUUCGAGAGCUGUGCCCAGGAGUGAACAACCAGCCCUACCUCUGUGAGAGUGGACAUUGCUGCGGGGAGACUGGCUGCUGCACCUACUACUAUGAACUCUGGUGGUUCUGGCUGCUCUGGACUGUCCUCAUCCUCUUUAGUUGCUGUUGCGCCUUCCGCCACCGACGAGCUAAACUUCGGCUGCAACAACAGCAGCGGCAGCGUGAGAUCAACUUGUUGGCCUACCAUGGCGCAUGCCACGGGGCUGGCCCUGUCCCUGCCAGUUCACUGCUUGACCUUCGCCUUCUCAGCGCCUUCAAACCCCCAGCCUAUGAGGAUGUGGUUCACCGCCCAGGCACACCACCACCUCCUUAUACUAUGGCCCCAGGCCACCCCUUAACUGCUUCCAGUGGCACCUGCUGUUCCUCUGCAUCCAACUGCCCUGCCCACUGCGAGGGGACAAAUGUGGAAGGUGUUUCCUCCCACCAGAGUGCCCCCCCUCAUCAGGAAAGUGAGCCUGGGGCAGGGGUCAGCCCACUCCACACACCCCCCUCUUGCCGCUAUCGUCGCCUGACUGGUGACUCGGGUAUCGAGCUCUGCCCUUGUCCUGAUUCCAGUGAGGGUGAGCCAAUCAAGGAGGUGAGGGCUAGUACCAUCCCAUCAGAUCUGGAGGACCACUCCCCUUGUACACUGCCCCCAGAUCCCAUUCCACAGGUCUCUCCCAUGGGUCUGGCUUCCAGUGAAGGGGACAUCCCAUGAGUAGUUUCAGGAGGGUGGGUGAGCCACUGGCCCACCACGAACAGCCCUGGCCUUUAUUCCUCCUUGGUUCCUCCCUGCCCUCCUAGAAUCUGCCUGAAAGGGCUGGAGCCCUGAGGAGAGGGGCAGUACUGGGGGACUGUGCUAGCUUUGCCCAUCCCAAAACAUACACAGGAGCCUUCGAUCUCAUUAAAGAGAUGUGAACCAGC